GAGAUUCGGUUUGUUCACCGCACGAAAAGUAAAGUUAAUGAUAACAGUUCGCUGUCGGAACAUGAUCUUUCUGUUUUUUUUAGACACAGAGGUUGCAGUCAAAUAUUAAUUUACAGAAAAUUCAGGACUAGCGCUACAAACCUACCGAUACUAACAGUUUUAUUCGAGCUGUAAUUCGAACACACGACGACUGCCUUGUUCGACUAGCACCGUGCCUCUAUAUCAGCUUGAAAACUAUACUUUUCGGCAUAUUCUAACGAUAUCAAAAUCGAAAAAUAUGAAGAAGUAUGUUUAUCGUUUUGCUGUUACGAUUGCAUUUGGCAUUGACAAAUCUAAUCCGAGCUCUUUUUAAUUGCCAAAACGACGAGAGGUAGUAAUCUGUAAUGAUUAUUCAAGAGUUCACUAAGCACUGAUAAGAAUCGACACGAUGAACUGACGUUGCAAUCGAUACCUUUAUGAAGCCGUUCAUGGCCAAUUCGGCAACCAUUCUAGAAAUUAAAAUCAUUUCCAAUUUGUACGGCCAAAUGUGGAGUUCAAUACGAUGGGCUGCUGCUGCAACUGUUCAAAUUUCGCUAAAAAGGUGUGGUCCUUUAGCGGUGUGCUCGUUAUUUUUGGGUUAGCAGCGUUCUUCGGAUUCGGACUGCCGGCGAUUGUGGAAACUGUUGCUCGUAAAGAGUUUAUAAUGGAACCGGGGACUCAAGUUUACGAGAAUUGGCUGUCAUCGGAGGUGCCUAAGUAUUUGGAUAUAUAUUUCUGGGAUUGGGUGAACCCCGAUGAUAUAACAAAUCGGAAUAUUCGCCCGAAGUUUGAAGAGAAAGGCCCUUAUGUCUUUCUGGAAGACCAUGAAAGACAUGACAUUGAAUUCAACACGGAUCACACAAUUAGUUUUCGUCAAAAGCGUACCUGGACUUAUAUACCAGAACAAUCUAGAGGAGAUUUUUAUAAGGAUACCAUAACCACUCCACAAACCAUUCUUAUGACGUUGGGUAGAGCGCUCGAAACAGCGGAUGCAACAAUUGUUAAAACUAUCGAUACCAUUAUAUUAAAAAACGAUUUACUCGAUGCUGGAAUCACUUACAAAGAUGUGCUAGUGCGUGAUAUCCUGUUUGACGGUGUUCAUGAUGAAUUGCUUAUUGCAUUGCAAACUCUCGCUGCGCUUUUACCAGAUCUAGGCUUUCAAGUACCACCAUGGGAAGGAUUCGCCUACUUUACGGGUAGAAACACCAGCGUGGAGUAUGAUGGCCUGUUUCGAAUUGGUUCCGGAACAAAUGACUGGACAGAUUCUGGACUGCUGAAAACUUGGAACGGUUUAACGCGGGUUCCAUUCUUCCGUGAUUCGUGUGGAACGGUUCACGGUUCUACUGGUCAGGUAAAUCCACCGUUGACCAGUGAACAGAUCAGCAAUCCAGAAGACUUUACUUUAUUCAUCACCGAUGUUUGUAGUGCUUUCAAUCUGAAGUUUAGUGAAGAUAUUGAAUACGGUGGAGUAGAUGGAAGAGUUUGGAUUGGUGACAACCGUAUUUUCGACAAUGGGCAUAAUUUUCCUGAAACGAAAUGUCAAUGUACCGCACCAACAGAGCAAUGUCCCACUUUAAAGAGCGGCGUACUUGAUAUAUCUGAUUGCAAAUCAGGUGCUCCAUUAUUGGCAAGUUUUCCGCAUUUUUAUCUGGCCGAUUCUAGUUAUCAGGAUGCUUUGGAUGGGUUGGAUGCUACUCGCGAAAAGCAUGAAUUCCAAUACAUAAUGCAUCCAUUCUCCGGAAUACCACUUGAGGUUAACGGUAGAUUACAAUAUAAUAUACACAUUAAAGAUUAUGGGUUAAAUGUCACCGACGGUUUACCGGAUAUUCUGUUGCCAGUGUUUUGGGUUAAUCAAAGAGUAGUGCUCACACAAGACAAAAUUGACGAUUUAAAAGUAAUCGACACUGUUCGUUCAGUAGGAAUCUAUACGGGUUUUGCGCUGCUGGGUGUUGGCAUUGUAGCCUUGGGAAUAGCUCUGUAUUAUUCUAUUUUUGUAUGGAAGAAAUAAUCAGCGCAAACUAUUAUUUGGCAAAUAAAGCCAAACAGAGCCUUUAUUGGAAACUGAUUUUGUUAAAAAGUACGCGAUUUCCUGUUAAAAUAGUUAUUGUUUGCAGAGUGCACCGAACAGUUUAGACUGAGUUGGAAACGCUUUAAAACUUUUGUUGGUAAUAAAAAUGCACAUUUGAUUUUGGAGUGCAGCAAAAUUUCA